AUCGCACCAAUAAUAAAAAGGAAGUAUCACCGAAAGUAAUAGUUGUAAAGUAACACCGAAGUAAAGUAUCGAAAGUAGUGAAGUAACAGCCCGUGUUUCAUGCCAUGUUAUGGCCUACACAAUGAUCAUAAGAUCUGGCCCCGAUUUGGGCCAUGGUUAAAUUUCUACACGGGAGUAUUCUUAAGUUUAUCUAAAAUCUAAAUGACAAUUCGAUUUAUCUGCAGUAGCAUUUGUAGCAAAGUUAUCUUUUAGAUAAGGUUCUUUAUAAUAAUUAGAUUGCCCUGAAUCAGUAAACAUACGAUUAGAUUGAUGAUGAACAGGACAAGUAGCAUUAGUAGCUAUCAAAAAAUAUCAGCUACAAUUGUAUCAUCAGCAGAUGUACUAUAAUAAGUAGUUUCAUCACUAGUUGUACCAAUAAAAAUCCUAUCAUCAACUGUUGUAAAACCAAAAAUUGUAUUAUUCACAGCUGUAUAUCAACAUAUGUACCAUCAAAAAUAGUAUCAUCAUCAAUUGUACAGCAAAAAAUUGUAUCAUCAAUAAUUGUAUCAUUAAGAAUUGUAUCAUCAACAGUUGUAUCAUCCAGCACAAAUGUACUAUUAACAGUUGUAUCAUAAAAAAUUGUAACAUCAACAGUUGUACUAUUAAAAAUUAUAUCAUCAACAGUUCCAUUUGAAUCCCAAUAGAGAAUGCAUUCAACUGCAUGUAUAUAAAUCAUCAAUUUUCCUCCUCUCAGGGAUAAAACACGUGAAGGAAAAACAUUCAAAAAAAUUUUUGGUUCAUGUUCUAAUUGAGUGGCACAUAAAAUUUAUUUCCUUGAAAAACAGUAAUCACUGUUUUUAAAAUGACAAAAAGUUUUAAUUACAAAAUUAUAUUAAACUUUGGAAUUAAUAUUCCAUUGUUAUUAUUUUUAUUGUUUAUUAUUAUUAUCUUAUUUCGUUAUAGUCGGAAAUGAAAAAAUCUACUAAACUACUUACUUUGUCGCAGAAAUCAAAGUUUAUGAAAUUAUUAAUAAAAAAAACUAUUCUUUAAUUUCAAAAAUGUGUUUUAAAAAAUGAUUUAGUUUUAUAUGAUGAGGAAAGUGUUAUAAAGAAAUCUUUUUUUACUCUUCUAGGCGUGUGUCAUGCGUACAAUAUUAUCAAAAUAGUUUCCGCAUUAGAGACAAUAUUUAUUUUCCGUUUUCAUUUUCAGACUCUUUUUUAGUUUUUCAGGAAAACAUCUUUUUCGUUACUUAUAAAUUCAAACGUUUCUUAGAAAUGCGACAAGUUUCAAUUGAACGUCACAACGUAGUAGAUAUUUAGUAAAGAAAGAAAAUAUUUUAAAAAAAAAAUAUUAGAAAAUUUCAAAAAUGUUAUUUCUCAUAAUUUUGUUUGUGUCGUUAUUAAUUUUAAAAAUUUUACUCGACUGGAGACGUGAUCCAAAUUUUCCACCAGGACCCCGAGGAGUGCCAUUAUUGGGAAACAUGUUGGACAUGAAAAAAUUGAUGAAAGAAUCAAAAUUUUUUUCCGUCGCCAUGUCAAAAUUGACGGAGAAAUAUGGACCCGUGGUGGGCCUUAAAAUGGGACUUGCCGAGCCAUUUAUUUUAGUUUCGGGACGAGAUGCAAUUGUCGAAAUGUUAACGCGACCUGAAUUUGAUGGUCGACCUGAUAAUUAUUCAUUUCGUUUUCGUACUUUUGGCAAAAGAAGAGGAAUGGUUUUCACUGAGGGAAAAGUUUGGAGCGAUCAUCGAAAAUUCGCCCAAAGAAGUUUGAAAGAUUUAGGCUUUGAGAGAAGUACAAUGGAGGAUUUAAUUUUGGAUAAUGUACAUUCUCUUAUGGAUACAAUUGAAAAAAAUUCGACAAACGGUGUAAUUAAAAAUUUUUCCAAAUACUCAAGUACUUCUAUUUUGAAUAAUAUUUGGAGUCUAAUUGGUGGUACAAAACUGUCGGAUGAUAAUAAAAAAUUACAGGAGGCUGUAGAGAUGCUGUACAAUCUCGCGAGGCACACAAGUGCGUCUGGUGGCCUCAUCGAUCAUUUUCCCUUUCUGAGAUAUUUUAUGCCCGAAAUUAGUGGUUACAAUGCCCUAAAAGAACGUCACAGAGGAAUUAAAAGAUUCCUCCAGGCAGAACUUGCAAGGCACAAGGACAUGAAAGACGAAAAUAUCCACAAUGACAUGAUAACAGCAUAUUUCGAAGAAAUUGAAAAGAAAAAAAAUGAUCCCACUUCUGUUUUUGAUGAACUAGAACUUUUUGCACUGACGAAAGAUUUUUUCUCCGCUGGUUUGGAGACGACGAAUAAUAGCCUUGGAUUUUUCGUAUCGUACAUCGCUUGUAGACAAGAAAUUCAAAAACGAAUUCAAGACGAAAUUGAUAAUGUCAUUGGAAGAGAGUCCCGACCUUCUUUAAUUUAUCGAAACAAUUUGCCUUAUCUUAACGCAACAAUAGCCGAAGUAUUGAGAAUCUCACACGUCGCGCCAACAACAGUGCCUCAUCGAGCACUAAAAGAUUCCACACUCUUUGGUUAUGAGAUAAAAAAAAAUUACACACUUUUGGCGAAUUUAGUGAGUCUUCACAUGGACAAGGAGCACUGGGGUGAUCCAGAAACAUUCAGACCCGAGAGAUUUAUCAACGAAAAUGGUGAAUUCGUCGAGGAUUCGUGGCUAAUGCCAUUUGGAACAGGUCGACGAAGAUGUAUAGGAGGAACAGUUGCAAAAAAUAGUUUAAUCCUAUUUACAGCGAGUCUUUUGCAAAAGUACAAUUUUUCCUUAGCGCCUGGCGAACCUCUUCCCUGUCUUACAGGCAUCAAUGGUAUGACUUUAGCUCCACCGAAUUGCAGACUUCUACUCACAAAGCGUUUUUUAAUAAUGUGGCUUCUUUUUCUCUGCUGUUUCUUCAUUUUUCUUUUCAAACUUUUUUACGAUUGGCUGCAAGGAUCAAAAUUCCCACCAGGACCAAAGGGCUUACCAAUUUUGGGGAAUAUUCUUGAUUUGAAGAAACUUUUAAAUGAGACAAAAUAUUUAUCUCACGUUUAUAGAAAAUUGGCGGCAAUUUAUGGACCAAUUGUUGGCUUAAAAUUGGGAAUUGGUCAUCCAAUUAUUUUAGUUUCGGGACGAGAUGCUGUUUUAGAAAUGCUGAGUCGUCCCGAAUUUGAUGGUAGGCCCGAUACAUUUUCCCAUCGUUUUCGAACAAUGGGCGAGAGGCGAGGAAUUAUUUUCACUGAUGGAAAAAUGUGGGACGAUAAUAGAAGAUUCUCAUUAAAAUAUUUGAAGGAAUUUGGAUUUGGCAAAAGAUCGAUGGAAGAUUUAAUUUUGGAAAAUGCCGUCUGCCUGACCGAGAGUAUCGAGAAAAGAAUUGAAAACGAAAAUAUAAUUGAAUAUUUUUGUCAAAUUUCCAGUAUCUCUGUUUUAAAUAAUUUAUGGUGCUUUAUAGCUGGAACAAAAUUAAAAGAAAAUGAUCAAAGAGUGAAAGAGGCUUUAGAAAAUUUAAACGGAAAUACAAGAAAAAGUUCAGUGAGCGGAAUUAUUUUGGAUCAUUUGCCAUUUUUGAGAUUUAUUAUUCCGGGUCUUACCGGAUUUACUGAACUCAAAAAACGUCAAUUUCAAAUGUGGAAUUUUUUCAAGGAUGAAUUAAACGCGCAUAAAAAUUCGAAAAUCGAUGGGUCAUAUCGCGAUUUGAUUGACGUUUAUCUCGACGAAAUAAAAGCACAACAAAAGGAUUCAUCGUCAACUUUUAAUGAAUUUCAACUUUUGGCGUUAAUCAAAGAUUUCUUCUCCGCUGGCGUUGAAACAACAAAUAAUACUCUUGGUUUUGCAAUAACAUUCAUUGCAAUUAAUAAAGAGGUUCAAGAAAAAUUACACAACGAAUUGGACAAAGUCAUUGGACGUGAAUCGUUGCCAUCAUUAACAUACAAAAAUAAUUUGCCAUAUCUGAAUGCAACAAUAGCGGAAGUUUUGCGAAUAUCAAAUAUUGGACCAACGACAAUAGCACAUCGAGCAUUGAAAGAUUCAACACUUUUUGGUUAUAAAAUAAAAAAAAAUUACGCUAUUUUAGCGAGUUUAGUUAGCGUUAAUAUGGACAAAAAUCACUGGGGCGAUCCAGAAAUAUUCAGACCCGAGAGAUUUAUUGAUGAAAAUGGAAAAUUCGUUGAUGACGCUUGGGCUCUGCCUUUUGGAGCAGGCAAAAGACGAUGCUUAGGAGAAUUAUUGGCAAAACAUAGUUUGCUAUUAUUUACAGCGUGUUUGUUGCAAAAAUUCCAUUUUCAACUUGCACCCGGUGAACCCCAACCUUGUAUGGACGGAAUUGAUGGUUUUGCUGUUGCUCCACCAAUUUGCAGAAUAAUGAUUACAAAGCGUUAGAAAUUCAGUUCAAUUGACUAAUAUUGAAGAGAAAUAUAAUUAAUUUUAGUAAUAAUUUAAAUAAAAAAAUAAAAUUCUAUAAUAUUUAGUUUCA